CUCUCUUUCUCCAUAAGUAGCUGAAGCACAAAAGUCCCCAUCAUGGAUUUCCAGCAUCGUCCUGGAGGUAAAACUGGAAGCGGAGGCGUAGCCUCUGCCUCAGAAAGUAACCGAGACCGCAGGGAGAGGCUCCGGCAGCUGGCUUUGGAAACCAUCGACAUCAACAAGGACCCUUAUUUUAUGAAAAAUCACUUGGGCUCUUAUGAAUGCAAGCUCUGCCUAACGCUGCACAACAAUGAGGGGAGUUACUUAGCACAUACCCAGGGGAAGAAGCAUCAGACCAAUUUGGCCCGUCGAGCUGCGAAGGAAGCUAAGGAAGCCCCUGCCCAGCCUGCCCCGGAAAAAGUCAAAGUGGAAGUGAAGAAAUUUGUGAAAAUCGGGCGACCGGGUUAUAAAGUGACCAAACAGAGAGAUCCAGAAACAGGCCAGCAGAGCCUUCUCUUCCAGAUUGAUUAUCCGGAGAUUGCAGAAAGCAUCAUGCCUCGUCAUCGGUUCAUGUCAGCCUACGAGCAAAGGAUUGAGCCCCCUGAUAGACGCUGGCAAUACCUUUUGAUGGCAGCGGAGCCCUAUGAAACCAUAGCUUUCAAGGUGCCAAGCAGAGAAAUCGACAAAGCAGAAGGAAAGUUUUGGACCCACUGGAACAGGGAAACCAAACAGUUCUUCCUUCAAUUCCACUUCAAGAUGGAGAAGCCCCCAGCUCCCCCAAACCUCCCUCCAGGGCCCCCAACCGUGAAGCGGCCUCCUCCACCUCCGCUGAUGAACGGCUUGCCCCCACGGCCACCUUUGCCGGACUCGAUGCCGCCGCCUCCUCCAGGAGGCAUGACUCUGCCUCCUAUGCCUCCCUCUGGACCAGUGCCACCACCUCCAGUCCCACCUCAGCUGCCACCAGCACCUGGUGUGCCCCCCCCUGCUCCUCUGCCACCCAUGAUGAGGCCACCUCUCCCCACGGAGGGGCCGGGCACUAUUCCCCCUCCACCUCCCUCCAACUGAAGCCCCUCCUGGACUCGGUCCUGCUGGACUCCUCUAGCUCGUACCUUUUUAUAUACAGAUCACAACUGAUCCAGAGAAAUAUUUCUGUUUUGUAUGCCUGUGAAUUUCACAGUCUUGUAGGUUCAUUAAAAGGAUUUCAAUUUUCCUUUCUCUAUGCUUUCCUUUGUCCUGGUUAAAAACGUUGCUGUGUGUUCACUUUCUUUAACCCUUAGAUAUAUAAAACAUUCCCAGUCUGGAAUUUUGGAAAUGCUCCAUAGAGGAGGCAAAGAACUGGAAGAAAUCUCUGGGUACCUCCCCUCCAUCAACCUCAGCUCAGCCUCACGUAUUGCCCCUCUUAGACCGUGUGAUGUCUAUCCCAUAAAUUACCAGCCAGUUAAUUGCUUCCUAUUCAACUGGAGCCCUUUAUUGAGCCGUCCGUUCGCUGAGGGGGAGACUGGUCCCAGGCACAUGGGAAGGAUUCUGCUACUGCAUCCCAGUAACGGCAGUGGUGGGCACGACGGAGGGCA